AUGCGGGACGCGAUCAGGGCGCCAACGGCGGCGUCCAUCGAGAACCCGCUUGCUCCCGUCUCGCUGGCCAAGUCCCGGCGAUUCAUCAGCAACAACGUUGGACAUGCGAUUCGAAAGAGCACAGGAGGCGUCUUAGACCCAGUACUGGCCAAGAAGUUGGCCAAACUAAUUGCCAUGGAGAAGAAUACGCUGCGAAGCAUGGAGAAUGCUAGCACGGAGCGCAUGGAUGGAGCGCAAGCACUCUCCGCAUGGGCGGAAGAGCAAGAAGAUGAUGUGGCGGACGUGGUGGGCAAGAUGGCGGUAUUGAUCCACGAAGUAGGCGACCUUGAAGAUCAAUACGUCGACCGAUACGACCAAUACCGGAUCGCUUUGAAAGCAAUUCGCAACAUUGAAAAGGUGGUGCAGCCGGUUAGAGAUAAGCAAGAGAAGACCGCCGCUCAGAUUGCCAAUCUACGGGCUAAAGAAGAGCCCAACGCCGAGGAGCUGGAAUCUCUUGAACACGAGCUGGUUCGAACCAACGCCCAGCUGAUAGUUGCGGAGAAGCAGCUGUCGACCAUCACCCACGAGAGAGUGAAGUACGGGUUUGCAUACCAAUUUGACGCGAUGCAAGAGUUUGGCGAGAAGUUGGCCAUCAUUGCCGGGUAUGGCAAACACCUACUUCAGCUGGUACAAGACGUUCCCACGUCUCCCGAGGAAAACCAACCAACAUACUCCGCGCACGCGGCGAGCACUGCGAUCGUUGGCGAAUGUGAUCGUGCGCUCACGGCAUGGGUAGGCUCGCAAGCCGCCGUCACCACCGAGCUGCCCACUCGCCUGCGGUCUAUGGUGUCGGAGAGCGCUACAAACGGGGGCCCAGUCCCGCAGGAGAAAGCGUCAAAGCCGAGGAAUACACGACGCUGGUCUUCGGAUUCGGAAGGUAUCGUGGAAGAGCCAGUCCAUUUUUGA